AGACAAGGAUGCCCGGCGGCGUGAUGACAAAUAACCCAGACCAGGCGGUCGAGAAUAUGAUGCGUCUUCAGGGCUAUCCAAAAAACAGGAUGAUGUUCAACACACAAGAUCCAUCGAAUCUUCCAUACGAUCCAUCCGCGCCAUAUCGUAAGAUGACGCAGGCAGGACCGACACCGCCAAGUUUUCUGAGCAUCACGGCACAAGAAAUGCUAACGUCGCAGAUUUUUAUGAAACACAUGAUCCAAGAAUUUCCGAUGACAACAGAGGUGCUUAGAAAGCAUAUCUUCCGCUUUCUCGCUUCAAAAAGCCGAGACUUGCUGUAUCGCCAUUUCCACGAGGGCACCCCGGGAGGCGUGCGAAUGAGCCGGCUCCGUGGCACGAACCUGCCUGUCCCCAUAAGUGUCGUGAAUGGGCAGCACGCGGACGAGCUGAAUCCUGCUACCAGCAUCUUCAGCUUCGCGCCCAAGGCGCAUCGGCACGAGGCGAAACUCCUCCGAAAAGGUGAAGAACGCAAGCUCACUCCCCAGCAACGGGAGCAGGCUGUAUAUGAAGAGUGGCGGGAGCAGCGCCAGCAGGAG